AUGAGUGCUUACGGUCAAGUCUGGGACGCAGAACACGGGCUCCAGAUCACAGCCAUCGAAGCCGGCACAGGAAGUGUCACGCGUUACCAGGAUGGAAGGGCAACACGAUUUGCCUUCAAAAAGCCCUUCAAACACCUGCCACAUGUGCAGAUUACCCCGGACUUUGGCACUGAUCCCUCGCGCCCCUUCAAACAGAACUGGAUCUACCUCUUGGGCCAGGGUCGCCCGGCUGUUGAUCGCGAGGGAUUCAGUGUAGGAAUCUUUGGCAGUGUUGGUCACGUCACUGCCUUCCGGUAUAUGGCAAUUGGGAUAUCAGAGAGAACUACUACGCCAAAGCCCGCGCCGAAGCCGAAGCCGAAGCCAACGACCACCAAGCCGCCUGUAAAAUCUACAAGUAAGGGUGUUAUGAGGAGUGCUCCAAGAGCGGAGGAGGAGGAAGAAGAAGAGGAAGAGGAGGGGGAAGAGGGGGAAGAGGAAGAAGACGAAGAGGAAGAGGAAGAGGAGGAAGAGGAAGAGUAA